CAGGAGACAAACACCAUGCGUGAAUGCAUCUCUGUUCAUGUGGGCCAAGCUGGGGCUCAGAUAGGUAAUGCUUGCUGGGAGCUGUACUGCCUGGAACAUGGAAUCCAGCCAGAUGGACAAUUACCAGAUGGCAAGACCACCGGAGGGGAUGACUCCUUUAAUACCUUCUUCAGUGAGACAGGGGCAGGAAAACACGUUCCCAGGGCCAUCUUUGUCGACCUAGAACCUACUGUCAUUGAUGAGGUGCGUACAGGAACCUACCGUCAGUUGUUCCACCCCGAGCAGAUGAUUACAGGAAAGGAAGAUGCUGCCAACAACUAUGCCCGUGGACACUACACCAUUGGCAAGGAGAUCAUAGAUGUUGUUCUGGACAGAACACGCAAAAUGGCUGACCAGUGCACUGGUCUGCAAGGUUUCCUCAUCUUCCACUCCUUUGGUGGGGGUACCGGCUCUGGUUUCACCUCCCUACUUAUGGAGAGGCUGUCUGUUGACUAUGGUAAAAAGUCAAAGCUUGAGUUCGCCAUCUACCCGGCCCCCCAGGUUUCUACAGCAGUAGUGGAGCCUUACAACUCCAUCCUGACCACCCACACCACCCUGGAGCACUCCGACUGUGCCUUCAUGGUGGACAAUGAAGCCAUCUACGAUAUCUGCAGAAGAAACCUUGACAUUGAGAGACCAACCUACACCAACCUGAACAGGCUCAUUGGCCAGAUUGUGUCUUCAAUCACUGCUUCCCUGCGCUUUGAUGGAGCUCUGAAUGUUGAUCUGACAGAGUUCCAGACCAACUUGGUGCCUUAUCCUCGCAUCCACUUCCCCCUCGCCACCUAUGCACCAGUGAUCUCCUCUGAGAAAGCCUACCAUGAGCAGCUUUCUGUGGCUGACAUCACCAACGCAUGCUUUGAGCCAGCUAAUCAGAUGGUAAAGUGUGACCCACGUCGUGGUAAAUACAUGGCCUGCUGUCUGCUGUAUCGUGGUGAUGUCGUGCCCAAAGACGUCAACUCUGCCAUUGCCGCCAUCAAGACCAAACGCACCAUCCAGUUUGUGGACUGGUGCCCCACGGGCUUCAAGGUGGGCAUCAACUACCAGCCCCCAACUGUGGUUCCUGGAGGAGACCUGGCAAAGGUGCAGAGAGCCGUGUGCAUGCUGAGCAACACCACGGCCAUCGCCGAGGCCUGGGCCCGACUUGACCACAAGUUCGAUCUCAUGUACGCCAAGAGAGCCUUCGUCCACUGGUAUGUCGGAGAGGGAAUGGAGGAGGGAGAGUUCUCCGAAGCCAGAGAAGAUCUGGCUGCUUUGGAGAAGGAUUACGAAGAGGUGGGAGCUGACAGUGUUGAGGACGAGAAUGAUGAAGAGGAAUACUGAUUUUUUUUUUUAAGCUGACAUUGAGGCAUAAUUUGUAGAUUUCUUCCUGGUUUUAUGAGUUAGGUACCGGCUCUCAAAACUACAAAAUAGAUGCAAACCCAACAUAUUUUAUCAUUAGAUCACAUUAAUGACACACAUUUGAACAGUAUAAACUGAAGGCUUGUAUUGUGGCACUCAGUGAUAAAAUUAAGGCUGAGCCCUGUCUAUCUUGAAAAUGUAUGGAUUUUAUUAUAAUCAUGUGGUGUGGUGUCACCUAAAAAAUCCGACCUGAACAACUUACCCUUGCUGCAUUUGUUUCAAGAUUUCUUUCAGCUUUUUGUUGUCAGAAUAGAAAACUUAGACCACACCUUCCGCUUUGCGCCCCACCCCCAUCCCAGGAUCAUCUCCCAUGAGGAAUGUAAGCUAUGAAAGGGCUCCUAUGUCAGUUUCUAUGUAUCAUUCAGCUGUGACUCAGUGAGAGUGAGAGCCAUAGAAAAUAACUGAUGUCCUCACUGGCUGGUGUUGUUUAUACAGCUCAUUCUCAGACAGCGAGCUAUGGCAACAAAAGACUCCCAGUUCACUUUUGCAUCCAUGUAUGAAUAACAGCUUUGUGAUACUAAUAGGGCGGUUUCAUGUUAAUUAGUCUCUCAUUAUGAUGUAUUACAGUUGCUUCAGUGCUGUUACCGUGUUUCCCGAAUUAAUAAAUAAUAUACAUAAGUACUGCACUAUGCCUUACCAUUUAAUGCUGUGCUUUAGCAUUAUACUAUGCAUUAUGCUUUCUGACCCU